AUGUCCUACGGCAAAUCCCUUGCGUUGAGCCAAAAUGCUUUUGUCCAGCCUCCCGAUCAGCACGAUGUGCUGCGUGCAGUGUCCGAAGAGACCUCGCUCAAGCGACAGAAGCGUCAAGCUAAUGUCUACGAUGCGGUAGCUGCUCGGGUGAAUGCUCAUGGUUUCCUGCCGUCGGCUCCGUACGCCUCGAAGCUUCGCGAUACGGCAUCCUCCAGCAUCAUCCCUGUCCGGCCCGAAGAAGUUCUGUUCCGCCGACAGAAUGCGCCCAUCCGCUACGAAGAAAACGACUUCUACUUUGCAAACGAGUCUCUACCCGUUGAUCGCCCUCUCCCCAGUUCUGAGCUGCUAGAAGCGAUCCAUUCUUACGCAGCGGACUUCUAUGAGCAUGCUACGGUCGACAGUGGUCAGGACGAUUAUCAGAGUAUGGACGAGACGGCCCUCAUUGCCAUGGGGAUUCUUUUGGAGGAGAUGGCGCGAGACUCUCUGGGUGAAACCGGGGAUCUGGUUCUGGUGGAGGGAGAGGACAUCCCCACUGACGAGGAUCGCCGCCCCUCUAAAUCGGCGGUCCGACGGUCCGGCCGCAAACGAGCAAACACGAGCCAGAGCAUGAUCAUGGCGAGUUCUGGCGACGAUUUGGAUAGUGUUGUCAAGAGACGACGGUCCAAGAGGCGCCGAUUGACUCAGAGGGCGUCGACUACUGAGUUGGAUACGGAGGUCGAUGACAGGUUGUGA